AUGUCUUAUAUAAGGCAGCUUGGUCACGACAGCUCUACGGCUUGGCAAGGGUAUAAGGCUAGCAACAAGUGGCACAGGAAAAAGCAUCACGUUCGUUACGUCCUUCCUAGCAAGAGCAUGUUCGCGCCAGACUCCGACUUUUUACGUGUUGGGUAUGUUCCGAUGAAUGGUUGGGAGAGUAGACAGAUGGAGGAAAUGAGCCUCCCGCCUCAGGCGGCUGAGGUAGGGACCGUUUCGCUGGCUGGAGGGCAACAACUCUACUGUAGGGGUGGACUUUGGGAGUGUCUCGACAACUGGGAGUUGUUAUAG